GAGUCAGGCACCGGCGCAGCACCUCUCUCACGCACGCAUCUGCAUCGGGCAGUAGCGCACGGGCGGCAUUCUUGUGUGCGGUGGGCCAAGCGAGUGGCGCGCGAAGAAGCGCAGCGUCGGCGAAGGCCUUGGCGUGUGGGUUGGUGACCGGGCGCCUUAGCGCGCCUCGUGAUGCGGAGGAGAGCGGUGCGGUGCGGCCUUGACAUGCGUGAGCUUGAGGCUUCAUGCACGCUGCACGAUGCGAACGUGCCGGCGGGCGUAUGCCGCGCGUGCGGCAGCGGCACCGUCGGGGUACGGCAGCGGCAGCGGCGGCGGCGGCGGCGGCGCGUGUCCAAGGCGUGCUUCCUCCGCCGUUCCCGCUCGGCACUGCACCCUGAGGAACGUCUCCAUGCUGCGAAGCUCUCGCUGUCGACACGUCUGGUGCGCCACGGCUUGCUGGAUCGUCGCCGCAGAAUACCUGCAUGUUGCCCAGCCUUCAUGCAGCAGCGCUGCAACGCCGAGGCGCCAGAAGCAUGCCGCCGGCACCCCUCGCCAAGCCACGCCUCGAGCCGCCCGGAGCCGAGGAACGCAGCGUCCAGCGCCCGCAACUCGCGCUCACAGAACUUCCCACCUCGGCGUGAAGAGCAGCAGACUUUCAAAUUGUCAGCUCCGCCUUCAGCAGCGAGCAGUGCAGGCUCGAGAAGGAAGGCCUGCACGUGCGCAUGCCAGCCGAGCCAGCUGCGGAGCUUGCGACUCACCGCCGGCAGCACCACGACCAGGUUAAUGGCGGCAUCUGAUGGCGAGUGCGACCACGUUCCUGGUGGCCCCGGACGCCGAGCGUGUGGCUGCUGCAGCUGAAGGUGUUGGAGCGAGAACUGCCUUGGGUCCGGAAGACCUCGCCCUCACUGUCUACCCGGGCCCUUCAAGCGCACCCGCUCCUCAUGCCUGGCGCAAAGUAAUGCUUCUCGCUCAGAGGUCUGUGAUGCAGCCAGCAAGUCCCGACCGUCCGUGAGGAUGACCCAGAAGCAUGGCUCGUGUGGCCGCCUUUCAUCUUGCGGCCCGAGCCGCACCGCCGUCGUCAGGGGUACCGCGCCGCAAGGCACGCAGGGCCAUCGGGAUCGCGGCACGACCGUGGCAACACUUAGCGGAUCGUGUUCUGGACUGCACAGGCCUGUUUCCGCUAGGAGAUGCCUAGCUGCUAUUCAGAGCGGCGAUCGCACGACAAAGGAGUGUGCGAG